ACUGAACACAGCUGGUUUCUCCGAUCAGACGCAUCAAUUGACGGAACCGUGGUCGUUGUUCAGGCCGUCCGACUCGCUGCACAGUUACUUUCGCUUUUUUGUUCUUUUUUUUUUUUGCCGGAGAGUCAUUUUUUGAGUCAUUUACUCAAAAAAGUAAAAAUAGUUUGGAGAGAAUUAAUCAGAUUUCACUGAACCGACAGCAGGUGUGAAUUCAUGUCUGUAUUUUCACCGCAGAUAUACUGCCCAGUGUUUGUGCCCGUCCCAGAUAUGACUGAGGUGAUGAUGAGCAACACCCCCAUGGAGGACAUGAGGCUCAGCCCAAGCAAGGACAGACUCUCCUUCCAGAUAUUUCCGGACCCCUCGGAUUUCGACCGCUGCUGUAAGCUUAAAGAUCGCCUCCCGUCCAUCGUGGUCGAGCCGACGGAAGGAGAGGUGGAGAGCGGAGAGCUUCGCUGGCCUCCGGAGGAGUUUCUCGUCAGCGAGGAGGAAGAAGAGGACGAAGAGGAGCAAAACGACUGCGGCAUGCAAAAUGGACAGCCAGCACAGAAUUCCCAGCACUAGAGGCUGGGCGGGUCAGCACCAUGUUCACUUUGCUCUUUGGUUCUGAGGGACAGUAUUUUUUUUCACACACACUGGUCACACUUCACUGGAGCACUCCAGCACAUUCAACUGACACGCCCGGUGUCUCGUGAUGCUAUCCCUUUAGCCAUGACAAACGCACACAUCCGUCAAAACUAAAACAAAAAAAUAAAAUGAGAAAAAAAAAAAAAAACUCACUGCUUAGUACACAGAAUAACCUUCAUUCUGUGUGGAAAUGUCACCAAAAUGGUGGACAAAGUCUCCAUCCCUCGCCUACUUCCUAGCGCGUCCAUCAGCAUGUGUCAAGUCGAAGCUGAUGCCCUGCUCAAGAGCAGCAGCAGCUUAGUGCUUUGUGAAGAAGCCCUUCCUCUACAAGAGACCCUGCUGCUCUGACUCCCAAAUGGCCGGCAUCAUGACCCCAGAGUCUUUAUACCUGUGUGCAGAGCAAUUGUGGUACCUGUGGGAAGUUAUUGUACAGUGCACUGUUUUUAUUAUUAUUAUUAUUAUUAUUGCUAUAUUAUUGCCACUGCUGUCUAUAGAUCUGUGUCCUCGAUGUGAAUGUUGGUUGUCUUUGAGAAGUGGAUAUAUUGUGAAAAAAAAAAAAGUUAGUUGGUUUGUUUUUUUUCUGCACAGGAUUUACUUGUGUAAACUUAUUUGUUGGCAAAUGAAAAGAAAAUCGAAAGAUGAAAGGUGUAACUGAUUUGCUUUGCAGGCUUGAUGUGCACUGAAACCAGAGUUAUGCUAUUAAAUCUGUCAUAUUGGCCUCCAAGAAGCAAAGCUUGGAUGACGAAGCAAAAAAUGUUCAUGGAGGAGUUUGAUAGAUCAAUGUACAGAGCCAAUGAAGGAUGUGCAAAUACAUGUUCUUAGUAAGC